AUGUCUAUUUCGACUACCCAUUCUGUUCCUUCGCGAACCGCUGUUGAGAACCAUCUUCGGAAAUCAUCUAGGGCCUACAGUGGAUCCACUGUCGAUGGACGAAACUCGCCUGCUCAACCUCGCCUCAGCCGCAAAAAGGUCUAUCCAGCGCUCUUAUCGCUCGUUGCAGAAGCCUUUCGCGAACGCAUUACGCUCUCGGAUCGUGUCAAGGAUGGCCUCACGUACAAGGCGGUAUUCGACGGGCGGGAGGCUGUUGACAAGAUUGCCUACAUCAUCAAAACCACCGAUAGAAAUCUCGCAUUGCUGCUUGGAAGAGCAUUGGACGCGCAAAAGUUCUUUCACGAUGUUACCUACGAUCACCGGUUGAGAGACAGUGCAAAUGAGCUUUAUCAAUUCAGGACCAAGUUACCCAGCCCUUUCGUCAGCGGCGAGUUACCGAAUGUGGGGCAUGGGGGCGGGGAGGCGCUGCAACAUGAGCGGUUAGCACACAAACUUGCUGGUGUUGAGAUUUCUCAGGGUUCCUCACAUGGGUCAGGGAAGGAUGCAUCGGAUGACGUGCCUCUCCCUUCUGGCGUGUUCACUCUUCUCACCGAAUGCUACUCUCCGACAUGCAAUCGCGACCAACUCUGCUACAGUAUCGCUUGUCCAAGGCGACUGGAACAGCAGGCACGAUUGAACCUGAAGCUCCAACCUGGCCUAUCCAAGCAGAUCAGCAGAGAAAGCUUGACUGACGCGCUCGAAACCGGAUCGCUAUGGAUACACUCGGUGCCUCCUGAACUAGUCAAAAAUCUCUCAGACGCCGAGAAGAAGCGCCAGGAGGCUAUCAAUGAGGUCAUCUACACUGAACGCGACUUUGUUCGAGAUCUCGAAUACCUUCGUGAUGUCUGGAUGAAACGAUUACGUGAGGAAGACAUCAUCCCUAUCGAUAGGCGUGAAGACUUCCUGGCGCAAGUGUUCUGGAAUGUGGAGGAUAUCAUCGCGGUGAAUACUCGACUGAGGGACGCGCUGAAUAAGCGACAGAAGCAAUACGCUAUCGUUGACAGGAUUGGCGAUGUCUUGUUGGAAUCGGUGCCUCAUUUCGGACCCUUCGUUUCAUAUGGCGCCCAUCAACUCUGGGGAAAGUAUGAGUUCGAGAAGGAGAAGACUUCGAACCCUGCCUUUGCCCACUUUGUCGAGGUUGGUCUUCUUUUCUUGGUGUUCCCGCAAAGCAUCUCACCACCGUGUCAGCAAACGGAACGGUUACCUGAAUCAAGGAAACUGGAGCUUAACGCGUAUCUCACGAAGCCCACGACGCGUCUUGCACGAUACCCUCUUCUGUUGGAAGCUGUUCUUAAACAUACGCCCAAAGAUAGUCCUGACAAGACGCACCUACCUCAAGUCAUCGCCAUUAUUCGAGAAUUCUUGGCCAAAGUCAAUGCUGAAUCCGGCAAGUCAGAGAACAGAUUCAAUCUGUUGCAACUUCAUCAACAGUUGGUGUUCAGACCGGGAGAAGAGAUGGAUCUUCGAUUGGCAGACGAGCAGCGAGAGAUGGUGUAUAAGGGGACCUUGAACAAGCGCGAUGGCGAGAUUCACACUUACCUCUUUGACCAUGCCUUGCUGUUUACGAAACUUGUGAAGAACAAGAACCAGGAGCAGUACAAGGUUUAUCGACCGGCCAUCCCAUUGGAACUCCUGGUCGUGACUGCUGCCGACGACGGUAACUCUUCGACCGGCACCGGAACCAUUCGUUCUCACCGCAAGAGCGGACAAACCCUCACUCGCCGGAGUUCCUUCAGCAAAGAUAAGCCUAGCGUCAACAAUGUAGUGUCUGCAGUUACCAUUCGGGGCGAACCCAAAGGCCAAUAUUGGAUCAACUUUAUCUACCUAGGACGACGGCAUUAUCACCUGAUGCUAUGGGCGAGUUCGGCUGUCGCUCAUCGAAAGUGGUUGGAGGCUAUCCUCAAGCAGCAACAGAAGAUCACUGAGAAGGCUAUGAUAUUCGAUACUGUGCCGCUCAGCGAAGGGUUCUUCAGUGGGCCCAACAAGGUCAACUGUGCAGCGCCUUACAACGGUGGACGACGGGUGGUAUACGGGACGGACGAUGGUGUCUAUAUCUCCGACCUUAGAGAAUCUCAUCGUGACCCGGUCAAAGUUCUAGCACUCCUCGACGUGACCCAGGUCGACGUGUUGGAGGACUACCAACUGCUCAUCGUUCUCUCAGAACGCCAAGUGAUCACAUUCCCUCUCGAUGCACUGGAUCAAAACGACCCCAUGGCCGGCCUCAAACGUGCCAAACGGAUAUCCUCGCAUACCUCGUUUUUCAAAGCGGGGUACUGCCUCGACAGGGUGCUUGUUUGCAUUGUGAAAUCCAGCCAAUUGUCCAGCACGUUCAAGACACUGGAACCCAUCGACACGAAUACCCGGGGUCGCUCAAAACCGACGUUCAAAAAGUUGUUGCAGGGCGGUAAUGAUACCCUCAAAAUAUUCCGGGAGUUCUACAUCCCCGUGGAGUCAACGUCAAUACACUACCUCAAGACCAAACUGUGUGUUGGGUGCUCCAAAGGCUUUGAGAUCGUGGACCUGGAAACUCUGGAUACCCAAGGCCUACUUGAUCCCCAUGACGAAUCACUUGACUUUGUGCGCAAGAAAGAGUCAGCCCUCCGACCGAUGGCUAUCUAUCGAAUCCACAAUGAUUUCCUAUUGUGUUACGACGAAUUCGCGUUUUAUGUGAACAAGAACGGCCGCAGGUCACGGAAGAACUUCUUGGUGCAGUGGGAAGGCCAACCAACGGGCUUCGCCCUGCAUGAGCCAUAUGUUCUCGCCUUCGAGCCGUCGUUUGUGGAAAUUCGGCAUGUUGAGACCGGCAUGUUGAGCCAGGUCAUCCAAGGGUCGAAUUUGCGAUUAUUGUUCGCGGACACGCCGCCGUCUGUGACAAAUGUUGGAGGGAUGCACCACAAUCCACAUGCACCUGGAGAUGCUGAAAUAUUUUUAGAAUGUAUCCCAACGGCUACGGCGGGCAUCCCUAUUAUCCAGGUUAUCAACAACCAGCUCCUCGCCAUCCUCAAGGUGUCGGGAGGGACGAGAUUCUAA